UGAUCAUUUGAAAGCACAUUGUCGAUUGUUAUUUUGGCGCUUAAUUCCAGUUAUCAUCAAUGAAAAUUGAUCCAUUAAAUUUCGAACGAAAAAAAAAAAUAAAAUGUCUCACGACGAAUAUCAAUAUCUUAAUCUAAUUAAACAUGUACUUGAAAAUGGUGCCGAAAAAAAUGAUCGUACCGGUACGGGUACAAUAUCAUUGUUCGGUACACAAAAUCGUUAUUCACUUCGUAAUCAAACAUUACCAUUGAUCACAACAAAACGUGUAUUUUGGCGUGGUGUUGUUGAAGAAUUAUUAUGGUUUAUAAAAGGUUCAACUGAUUCGAAAAAAUUAUCCGAAAAAGGUGUAAAAAUUUGGGAUGCAAAUGGUUCAAAAGAAUUUCUUGAUAGUCUUGGUUUUAUUGAUCGUCAAGAAGGUGAUCUAGGUCCUGUUUAUGGUUUUCAAUGGAGACAUUUUGGUGCCGAAUAUCGUGAUAAUCAAACUGAUUAUAAUGGUCAAGGUAUUGAUCAAUUAAAACAGCUUAUAAAAACAAUCAAAACAAAUCCAAAUGAUCGUCGUAUGAUUAUAACGGCUUGGAAUCCAUCAGAUCUUCCUAAAAUGGCUUUACCACCAUGUCAUUGUUUGGCACAAUUUUAUGUCUGUAAUGAUGAACUUUCCUGUCAACUUUAUCAACGAUCCGCUGAUAUUGGUCUAGGUGUUCCAUUCAACAUUGCCAGCUAUUCAUUAUUAACACAUUUAAUUGCUAAUGUUUGUGGAUUAAAAACUGGUGAAUUUAUUCAUACAAUUGGUGAUGCACAUAUUUAUCGUGAUCAUGUUGAUGCACUUCUCCUGCAGUCAACAAGAACACCGAAACCAUUUCCAAAAAUUCAAUUCAAACGUAACAUUGAUGAUAUUGAUGAUUUUACAAUGGAUGAUAUUGAAUUGAUUGGAUAUGAUCCAUAUGCUUCGAUCAAAAUGAAAAUGUCCGUUUAAUAUUUUUUUUUGGGGGGAAGGCUGACCUUCGUUCUCAUUUCACAUUGUCAUUGAACUUGUUUUUUUUCAAAAUGAAAUAAAAUCCAUUUUUCUGAUUUGA